CAUCAACUGAAUCUUUCCCUCCUCCCAAAUCAUGGCCUCCCCCAAGCUCGCAUCAAUCCCUCUCCUUCUCACUAUCUUCAACCUCAUGAUCAACACUUCCCACUCUGUUUCUCCAACCUCAAGCCCAGCUCCCGCCCCCACUCCGGCCGCCGCCAGAGCACCAUCCGCCGCGCCGCGACAAUCCAACCCCUCACCGCCAGGAAUAAUCAGAGCAGCUUACUGGGAAUCCUUCUCCGAUUUCCCUCCCUCCGCCAUUAACACCUCCCACUUCACUCAUGUCUACUACGCCUUCCUCUUACCCGAACCCACCACAUACAAGCUCAACAUCACCCAAUCCGACAAAAUACUGCUUCCCCAAUUCACCUCGGCCCUCUCCGGGAAAAACCCACCAGUGAAAACUCUGCUCUCCAUCGGCGGCGCGUUCCCUCCGUCUGUCGCCCAGGUGUUCGCCGAAAUGUCCCAAACAACGAAAUCCCGCGCCGUGUUCAUCUGGUCGGCGAUUCGAGUCGCCAGGAAGUACGGAUUCCACGGCCUGGACAUCGACUGGGAGUACCCGUCGAGCGAGCAAGAGAUGCGCGAUUUCGCUAAGCUGCUGAAGCAAUGCCGGCAGACUCUGGCUCUCGAAGCAGCCGUCACGGGGAAGCCACGGCUGCUUUUAACGGGCGCGGUGUAUUACUCGGCGAGAAUGGAGAACUCUGGGCCGGCCCGCACUUAUCCGGGUCCGGCUAUGAACAAGUACAUGGAUUGGGUCAACCCGAUGACGUACGAUUACCAUGGAUCGUGGGAGAAUUUUACUGGGCCGAACGCGGCCCUGUUCGAUCCAAAGGGUAAGUUGAGUACCGAAUACGGGAUCGGGUCGUGGCUGGAGGCUGGCGUGUCGGCUCAACAGUUGGUGAUGGGCCUGCCUUUGUACGGCCGGACUUGGGCUCUGGAGGAUCCGUCGGAUCACGGGAUUGGAUCGAAGGCUGUCGCUGCGGGCCCAGGUGAAGGGGUUUUAGGGUACGACGCCGUUCGUGAGUGGAAUGCGGCGAACAAGGCGAGCGUCGUUUAUGAUGGGGAGUCGGUGUCGUAUUACUCGGUGGCGAACGGUUCUUGGGUUGGGUACGAUGACCAGAUAUCCAUUGAUUUGAAGAUCCAGUAUGCUCGGAUUAAGGGCCUUGGUGGAUACUUCUUUUGGGCCCUGGGGCAGAAUCGGAACUUUGCUAUCCCAAAAUUAGCUUCAAGUGCGUGGGAAACCUGAAAGGAGUAACAGCUUUCGAAUAGAAAUUUGUCACAAUGUUCAUUUAGUUAUCUCAAAUCAAUUUAUUUUUCUUUUGUCAAUGUUAAUUAUAUCUAGUUUCGUGUAAUAAGAUUAUGGUUCGGAAUAUCCAGACUGUUGAUGUUUGGUCUCGCAGUUUAAUGAUAAAAAAAAUUGGCACUAAGUUCAUGGAAAUUUCAUCAAUCACACUAUUCACCAAUAGAGAUGUCAACAAAACCCGAACCCACGGGUACCCAUCCGACCUAACUCGGUCAACAGGGGUAAAAUCAGUGUUGACGGGUUUUGGGCCGGGUUUGGGUUUAAACCCGUUCACUAUUCACCGGGUUGGGUUUGGGUUUAGGUAAACCCGACCCAUGGGUACCCGCCCACACCCAUAUAAUUAAUUUUCUCGGCAUAUUUAAUAUUCUAAACAACUAAUCUUAUUUAUGUUGGUGGAGACAUGGCUAAUUUUUUCUUUCUAGUUAUGUAGUAUGAAGUUGAUGUUAUCGAGUGGAGAGUGAAAAAAUUAAUUGAAAGGAAGAAGCUUUCAAUUAAUCAUGUUAUUUAUGGAUAAUUUGUGAUUUGCUUGAAUUUUCUUGAGUUUUCUAGAUUGGUGUUGAACAAUUAGUAUAGUUAAUUUGUGAUUUGCUUUAAUUUUCUAGAAUGGUGUUUUAUAUAUGGAUAAUUUGUAUUGGGAGAUUGAUAUUUGACUUUAAUUUUGAUAGGAAUUUGUUAGUAAAUUUUUUACGACAAAACCCCGUGGGUACCCAUGAACCCGCUGGCGUGGAUACCCAGCGGGUUGGGUUGGGUUUGAGUUUUUCAAACCCAGUGGGUUUUACCCCGGAUUUUUUUCACGGAUACCCCAUGAAUUUGGGUUUGGGUUUGGCAAAACCCGACCCAACCUGACCCAUUGCCAUCCCAAUCACCAUGCGAGCAACUAAUUUGUGUUGCAGUACGAAACCAAGGUAACGGUAACGUAAUGUUGAUCUGGUUUCAAAUGUAAGGAUCCAUUUUUCUGCUCUAUAAUUUGCACUUCACCGAAGGAUCUCGCCAGGUAAACAACUAGACUAGCUCUACAAAGCGUAACCGUUGUUUUGUUUCGUAAAUACACAAAAAAAAAGACAUGGAAAUAUCAAAUACGUACGUAUGCAAUUACACGAGUCAAUGACUAAAAAGAUUCUUAUUCUGGUUCAGAGACAGAGAAAUUAGAAUGGCAUAUAUUUACAUAAACAGCCAGCAGGCAGGCAUCUCUAUCAUUUUAUCUUAUGCAGCCGGCCACAAAAAAGCAAGGACCAGGAUACCCUACCGGACCGGCCGGUCGAACCGGAAAAACCGGAAACCGGAGGUAAACCGGCGUAAUAGGGCUUUGUACCCUUCAAUAACCUGCCGGGCGGUAUUUGCGGUUGGAUCGCAAUGGGCCGAAAUUUUGGCCGGUUUAAAACCAACCCGGCGGUCCCUUCAUUUUACACAAACGGCGCCGUUUGAUGAAGAAAAAAAAACGGAAGGGAAGGUAAGCAGCGCAAAAACCCUACCUGCCUCUCGUCUCUCUCUCCCAGCACUCAGCAGCGCCGCUCUGGUCUCCCCGCGUCGCGCCGCUCAGGUCUCCCCGCGUCGCGCCGCUCUGCAUCCCCAGCAACCGGCGAUCAACACCACCGGCGACCGCGCCCUUGACCGCGCCCUUCAUCGCUCCAAUCAGAGAUCGUGGCCGCCACUUUCCCGCGACCCCGCCAUCACUUCCUUCUUCUUAAUCCAGAUUUCCUGAGGCCAUUCGACGUCUCACUCCACUUAGAGGCCUCCUUUCAAACUUGGGAAACGUAUGUUCUUCUUCUUCUUUGGUUUUGGUCAAAGAGAAAAUAUAUAUAUAGGUCUAAA